CGGAAGUGAGGCAGGAGAUGCUGGGGGAAGAUGGCAGCCGCUGGGAGCUGUGUUUUGACGGGCUUCACUUUGUUUUUGAUCGUAUUUCUCGGAGAAGGUGAUGGCAGGUUACACCACCUCGUUUUAAAGGAUGAUGCCAGGCAAAAGGUGCAUCUGAACACAUUUGGCUUCUUCAAAGGUGGUUACAUGGCUGUCAACAUGAGCAGCCUCACUCUCAAGGGGGAGGACGUUGGGAAGAUCGAUAGCUCCACGCUCGGAUUCAGCCUUGACAGAACAAGUAACGAUGGCUUUUCUACGUACUUGGAUGAAGAUGCAGAUUACUGCAUUCUGAAGAAGCUCCCCAGCAAUGAGGUGGCUGUCACUAUGCUCCUGCUGGACUUCGGUAAAAGUCUAGUGAGAAUCAAGACCUCCGUGGAGGACAGCAAACUGCCUCGCAUUGCAGCCGAACCGUUCAAGGGGAGCCAGGCGGAGAGGGCCAGUACCAGCCAGUCUGUGCUCGGGAAAGAGGGCCAGCCUCAGGAGACCGAGAAUGGAACAGAGGGCAAACCGGGAACUGGGGGACAGUCGAAUCCCAAACCCACCGAGAAAGCACCGGUUACAGAUAAGACCAAAAAUAAGCGUGAUCUUGAACAGGUGAAGAAAGCUGAUGUGUCGUACCCCCUGCAGAAUCAAGACGGGGUCUAUUCCUUCCAGUUUCAUUUCAACGUCAGCACAGAUGACCAGCAAGGCUUGUACAGCCUCUACUUCCACAAUUGCUACAGCAAGGAGACCAAGAACAACGGGCAGCUCAAGUUCAGCAUUGAGAUUAACCUCGAGGAGAAGAACCCGAGCAGCUUCCUGUCGGCGGGCGAGAUCCCGCUGCCCAAACUCUACCUCUCCAUGGCGCUGUUCUUCUUCAUCAUCGGCGCAGUCUGGGUCCACGUCCUCCGCCAGCACAGCAGUGACGUGUUUAAGAUCCACUGGCUCAUGUCUGCUCUGCCCUUCACCAAAUCCCUUUCGCUGGUUUUCCAUGCAAUUGAUUUUUACUACAUUUCCAAUCAAGGGUUCCCAAUCGAAGGAUGGGCGGUCGUCUAUUACAUCACCCACCUGCUGAAGGGAGCACUGCUGUUCAUCACUAUAGCCCUGAUCGGAACGGGCUGGGCUUUCAUUAAACACAUUUUGUCGGAUAAAGACAAGAAAAUCUUCAUGAUCGUCAUCCCUCUGCAGGUCCUGGCGAACGUGUCUUACAUCAUCAUGGAGUCCACGGAGGAGGGCACUGCGGAGUACGGGCUGUGGAAGGAGAUCCUGUUUCUGGUUGACCUGCUCUGCUGUGGAGCCAUCCUCUUCCCCGUGGUUUGGUCGAUAAGACACUUGCAGGAGGCAUCGGCAACAGACGGGAAAGCUGCUAUAAACCUGGCCAAACUGAAGCUGUUCAGGCAUUACUAUGUAAUGAUUGUGUGCUAUAUUUAUUUCACACGGAUCAUUGCGAUUCUCAUCAAAAUCACUGUUCCUUUCCAGCUGAAGUGGCUGUACCAGCUCCUUGAUGAAGUCGCCACCUUCGUGUUCUUCAUCCUGACUGGGUACAAGUUCCGACCAGCCAGCGAUAACCCCUACCUGCUCCUGCCUCUGGAGGAGGAGGAAGAGCUUGAGAUGGACGAUGUGGUGACAGCGACAGGCAUGACGGAUGGACUGAAGAAGCUGAAGAAAGUGUCAAACGGCCCUUCGGAGACGAGAGGAGAGCGUGAGAACGUGGCAUGACGGGAGGGGGGUAGCGGGACAGCUGGAUGGGCUGGCCUGGGUGACUAUCCCAGUUCAGGGACCGGACCGGAAUGGGAACCAGAGCUGCAGGAUCAGAGAGUUCGGACUUGAACCUGAAGUUUAUGGACUUUUGGUUUUGUACCCUUCCCCAACAGUCUGGAUUAUUCUUGGUCACUGCUGGCCACUAAACCACAUGGCUCCAAACCCAGCCAACAGUUACACACACACACCCUCCAUAUUACUCCCAUACGGGACCAGCCCGUCCCUGAUUUCACAUUGUCACUAUUUAUUUAAUAAUGUUUACUGGAGAAGCACAGCGAUGGCUGCGUUUGCUCGAGUUUUUUGUGCUGGUUUGCUAUCAGGUGAAUUUAAAGCAGCAGUCUGUCAAGCUGCAUGGGUAGUCAGUGGGGGGAUUAGUAAUAAUAAUAUUAGGAGUGAGGGAUUAUUUUUUCUGUAUAUUUUAUUUAACAAAACGUUUGUUCUGAUACUUCUAGUGUAAAUAGUAAGCUGCUUGGUUUGUGCUGAAGAGCACAGUCCAGCCGUAUCCUGGUGAGGAUCUGGGUGAGGGUCUGUGCAGCCUGCAUUUUCAAACGUGUCUACUACUGUGUACGGUAUUUUAAUUCUGUUUUACCACGCCACUCCGACACUCCGGUGAAACUCCAUUUCUUCCACCUUCUCCUGCAAAGGCACUGUCAGCUGCAAGCUUUAGUGCUCUGUGGUGAUGUAAUUAAAGUGACAAACUAGAGUCUGGAGACAGGAGGAGGUGUCGUGGUUAAGGAGAGAGAUAGGAAACACAGUGGCUGGUGGAUAGUCAGUAGCGCUGCUUUGAAGAGCGAAGGAUGUUUGCUUUAAUGGUGGUGGCUGUUGACUGUAACUCCACAGGGUGGUCUAGCUGAGGACUGGGCUCAGUGGUUAAGUAGUUGAAGUCAGGACCGUGGGUUUUAUGGAUCUCUUCUUUAAGCUGCAGAGUCACAUUUUGUUAGGCGUUUUCCUUUAGAAAAUAAUGAUGGUAGAAACUAAAAGUGUGCUUAAAAAAACAAUCCUUUCCAUAUAUGAAGCUGAAACUGCGUUUUUCUGAAUAGCUUGAUCAGUAAAAUCCGAGUUGAUCCAGAUAGUUUUUAUUUUUGUAAUUAAAAAUAUCAAGGAAUAACAACUCAGCUACUAGAAUUCAUUGUCGUCAACUUUUUUUUUUAACAGAUACAAAAACGAUGAACAGAUAUUAAAAACCUAUUAAUAAAUUUUGAAGCGCCCCCCCCCCCCCCCCCCCCCCUUGCUUCUACGAAGUGUGAAGAGAGACUUUCACAGACCUUCAUGAAAUGAUGUGUUUUAUGUUUUGCUCUUUGCAAAUGCGUUUGGUUUGACUGUAACUGUUUUAACAUGGCACUGUUUAUUUAUUGCUGUGAUGAUGCAGUGUGAGUCUGGAAUCAAGAAGCAAUGAACUUCAAUGCAACUGGAUUCCAACUGGAUUCCGUCCGCUGCGAGAUCUGCAGAGUGGCAUCUUCUCGUUUCCAGUGCAUCUUGUCUUGAGUGCAAUAAAGACUGAUUUAUGUU